AGAGAAUUCUCACUGGCUUUAAACAGUCAGAAUGAAACUGAACAUAUGCCUGUCCAUUCCUGCGAAACAUGGGUGGUUUCCUUUUGAUGCAAGCUUUAGUUUUUAAAACGCAUGAUACGUGAAUACAAUCAGAGAGUAAAUGGACCAUUACUGGCCGCAUAAAGUGCUGGGGGAUUGCUAUUCUUUUCCCCUCUGAUGUUCUUGUGGCAAGAACAUCAAUAGGUUAGAGGUGCUUUGCCUUGGAAACCUUGACAAUUUCAACUGCUAUAUGAUCCCUGAUUCUUCCAACAGCUACAUGGGUCUGAUGAAGCCCAGCAUCUUAGACUUUAAAAAGAAAAAUAGCCCAACCAAUGAGGAAUGGUUCAAAAAAAUGAGAGGUUUUGGUUAUGGAAAAAAUAAUUCCCCAAGUACAUACCCAGCAAAAUAGACAGAGGACAGAUAAUCAAAUAUCUAAGUCUAAGAUGCUGAGAAUUCACAACUUGCAGUGAAGGCUGAAGGAGCUGCAGGAUCAUAGUGCUCAAGUAGGGCACCAAAAACUGAGGAACUAAAAUUCUAACACUCAUAUUGUUCUGACUCCUCUGAGAAAAUGUUCAGAAUCCUGUCAAUCCUGAUAUUGGAAGUGCAGCUCUACUUGAUAAGAGCUUUUUUCACAGUUGAAGUUCCUCAGCUACAGUACAUUACAGAAUAUGGAAGCAACGUGACCAUGGAAUGCAGGUUUCCAGUGGAUGGCCAGUUAAAUCUUAAAGACUUAAGUGUCAGUUGGGAGCAAAAAGGGUUAAAAGAGCAACAAUCAAAAGAAGUUUAUACUCUUCAAAAGGGGGAGGAAGACCUUAAAUCCCAACACAGAGACUAUAGGGGAAGAGCAACAUUGUUACGUGACAAAUUGAAUUUGGGAUGUUCAGUGCUUCAAAUCACCAGCGUAAAGCUCAUGGAUGCAGGGUCUUACCGCUGUCUCAUUGACUACAGAGGAGCUGAUUACAAGUACAUUACUUUGGAAGUAAAAGCAUCCUACAUGAGAAUAAAUGUACAAAUAAUGAGUGAACCUGCAGAAGAGGAGUUAGUUUUAACUUGCCAGUCAGAAGGAUUUCCUCUAGCUGAAGUGUUCUGGCAAAAUGAGAAGAAUCUUAAAGUCAACGGAUCUGUAAAUACCACCUACACAUUGACCACAGAUGGACUAUAUAAUGUAACCAGUAUGCUGACAUUCAAGCCAAAUGCUAGUGAAAACUACAGCUGCACAUUCUGGUCUAAAGAACUGAAUGAAAAAACUUCCUACAUUUUCACUUUAGCUCGACAAACAGCAGUUGUUGGAAAAAAAUCUCUGAAUUUAUUUGUCAUCCCAACCUGUGUAAUAGCGGUUGUUCUCAUAUCUGCAUUAACUAUCUUUCUAAAGAGAAAAUCAUUCACAAAGCUCCAUGCCAAAAAAGACAAAAAAAGAAAAUGUCCUCAGUUACAGAAAGAAGACAACAGACACUUGAACCCUGAAACCCAGGACUUAAUUAUGACGAAUGUCACAGAUUCAAGAGACUGCACAGACAUAUGUCCAUGAAAACGCUUCAUCUGCCAUGCCUGCAGUUUGCACUUUUCAGAUCCCUUUUUGAAGACUGCAUAGAGAAAUCACAGCACUUUAGGUCUGGAACAAACAAAGCAAAUGUUUGGUUUUGUCUGUAGUAUACCACUUAAAGGCUCCCUGUGCCUUUUGCCAUGUUACAUCUUAGAGUUACAGAGAACCAUACUGUUAUUCAAUGUGGUUAACAACUAUUAAGGGAUUAUUGGAGUGUAUCCCAUAUGCUGUAUGCUUGGGCAUAUUGUUCACCUGAGAGCACUGCGUGCACCAAAUAUUUUGUGUUCAAGAAUCCCCUUACUAAGUGAUUUAAUUUCAGGAGUACAGUCAAGACACAGAGCUUCGGUCACGUCUCAUGGGACUCUGUACGUGCCGAUGCCUGGACAAUAAUCUUUUGUAUUCAGAAAUUUCUACAUAUCUAUUUUUCAUGGUCCAAACUUUAUAACCCAUAAACUGGAAAUUACCUAGAGCACCAAAAGCAAGGAGAUAGACUGAAGAAGUUUCAUUUUACAACGCUAACAAGAGUCUGAAGUGCACUUCAAGCAACAGACCCAAAACUACCCCUGGAUCAACAUUAUGUCAUACAACCAACAGUUUAAUGUAUGGUUUGUUACAUUGAUUUCUUUAUAGUUAUUUCUUAUUUGUAGAAGGCAUGUAAUAUUAAUACUGUUUUACUUUUUUUAGGGGAGACAACUAAAAAUGUAGACUACAGUGCUGUAUCUACUUAAUGGGGAAUUGCAAAGCAAAACUGAAAAUUGAAUUAAAUACAGAUUUCUGUGCUGAAGGUGUUUACUAGCCAGGGUGCAGUUUUAACCCUCCUCAGGAACAGAAAGUUAAUCCUCUCCAUACCAAUCACUGGAUGGAGUUUCUACAUCCUAUCAAAGGAAUGCCAGAGUCACCUCUGAAUAACUGAGUACAGGGGACCACCAUGUUUUUAUAUUAUCUCCUGGAGUGCCAUUUUGGAAAGAAGCUAUGUCUCCACAUUGUGAGCCAAAACCUGACAGAACUUGGUGUAAUUUAUCCCUAGAGCGGUGGCUUUUGUGGGCCUUUUCUUUUGGAAAAGGAGCCACUGCUUAGAUGUACCUUGUAGGGUUAAAGAAACAGAGAUAUACACAAGCCAGUGAAACCAACUUCUGUCAUAUCUCCAUUCCCCACAAAAUACUCGGGUUUGGAGUUUCCCAAAAUAUUUUGGCCCAGCUAUAUAAAAAUUGUCACAACAGCAAAGUCAACAUCUUGCUCUUCCUCUACUAGGUCUGGAUUUGGAUACUUGGAAUCUGGUUUCCAACUGCCCGCAUCUUGUACAGUUAUUUACACCAAGGCAAAGUGGGUGUACAACACUACUUAAUCAGAAUGAUAGCAUUUACACCCACUUUGCACUCAUUUUGCCCUGGUUUAAAUGACUACACAAGAUGCAGAGCAAUAGAAAAUUAGGUCCCUGAUGUAUGGCAGAAGCUGACUUACAGAUUCAGCGGUAGUACUGAUUUUAUGAAUAAUCACUGGUUGAUGGGGAAAGAACAAACUUAAGAGUCAUAUUUGGUUUCCAUGUAUUGCACUUUUAAAUGUUUAGGUGCCUGUUGUUUGCUGGAAGCAUCUGCCAUUUUCUGUUCAGUUCAGAUGUAGCUUGCUGCAGAGGAGAGACACACUGACCCAGAUUUUCUGCUGAGUUUAGCAAAUCAGUUGGGAUGUCAGAGAGUCAGUUAUGCAGAGCCCUGUGUGGAUACAAAAUUUGCAUCCACAUCUGAUCCGAGAUGUGCAAAAAUGGUGCACAGAUAUAAAGUGAAGCUCUGCAGAUUUGCAGGGCUCUAGUUAUGACUCCCUGCCAGGCCUCAUGUGCAGAGUAGAGAAGCCUGGGGACUACUCUAACUUGCAUCAGCUAGCAAUGGUCCAUAAGGGACCAUGCACCAGUGGAGGAUAGCCAAAGUAUAUCAUGCUUCAGGCAUUCCUUCUCUGUGCUUUGUUACAUCUGCUGUGCUAGGGGCUGUAGAGAGAGAGAGGCAUGGGAGUUGGCCUCAUACUCACUAGGGACUCCCUUCAUGUCAGGGGUAUACUAAACUGGAAGUUAUGGGCUGUCUCCAUUCUUUUUGUGCUACCAGACCAGUGCAGAGAAACUGGUCCAUUGUGCUCUCACAUGGAGACUUUAUUUUUGUUCCUUCUUAUUUGUUUGUUUUCCAUAAUCAUAAAAUAAAAGUAAUUCAAGCUAGAAGCACGUUUGCUCUUUGCAUCUGGAAAAACAUGAUACAUGUGCAUUGAUGUUCCCUCCUUAUUCAAAUGAACAGACUGAGGGAGUUCUGCCUGACAUUAUUAUCUUACACUGAAGAUUCAAUUUUGACUUGUUGUGUGUAGGUUCAAUAGUGGGGAAGCUGGUCCUGUGGAGAAGCAUACAUUGUACAUUUCACCAUCAAAUGUAAAAAGCACUAUACAGCAUGCUCCCACAAUGCUCCCCUUAAUGCUCUGUACCUUCAAAUGCCAGAGAUGAGCAGGACCAUAAUUCUCCUUAGUAUUUUGCUGUCAGAAUCAUAAAUGUAUCCCGGUCUGCAUUUUUGCACCUUAACCUACCUGGAGUAGAUCCUAUCUGUGCCACAGUGAAGAGAAGGGAAACCAAACCAGCUCUCAAAUUUCAGCAAAUGAAAGUUAGCAUGUCAGCUGCUUGGCCAAUCUGUAUUUGCUUAUGCACUCAUGCAUGAGUUGGCUUUUUUUUCUGUAAUCCCCUGAGUAUAUGAUAUGUGUGUGAUAUGAUGAGUCUUUAUACUUUCUGCUUCACCUACUGCUUUUCACAAGCUGUUAUCUUGGAGCCGCUAAGGCCGGAAUAUUCUGGUUUAGAAUGGUGAGAGAUCAAAGAUUUUAUGAGCAGUUUCCAAAGAACAGUGGAUUAAAACCUGCUCUUAUGCUAGAAAUCAAACACUGUAAAGUUUUAAAAUGGCAUGGAAAGAGAAGUCAGUCUGAAAGUCAACAUACAAUCAGCCCAGGUUGGCAUCACAGGCUGGCACAUUGGAUACCUUCUACUAUAGGGCCCCAUGAUUUCUUCUGACACAAAUAUCCUCUAUUCAUCUGUAUAAAUUCAUUCCAGAUGACCUCUGUGAGGAUAUACUAUAUCACUAUGUGCUAGUGCACUGUAUUAGGUUUGGGGAUUUAAUUGGAGCUGGUGAAAAUAUUUUAGUGAAAAUCCAGGCAACAUUUUUCACCAGUUAAUUUACUGUGAUUUUUGCACUCCCCAAAAUGCAGAUUAUUCUUGAAAUUUUGAAAUUCAUGAAGUGUUUGUAUAUAUAAUCUUUUACUCCUCUUAUCUGGUUAGGGGUGCUCUUGUGUUCUUGCUGCUUGUCAGUAAGCAACAAAGUCUGAUAUUUGCCGUUGAACUGUGGAUCAGGUGGUUGCUUUCUCUGUUCAGUCUUCCACUUGUGUUGCCUUCAGGUUUCUACUGUAGACUUAAAGGCUUUUCUGCCAGAGCAGCAUUUUGACUUUACUGAAACUUUACUUAGGAGCAAGGGAGAGAAAAAACAAACAAACUGUAGCUGGCCAGGAAAAAAAAGGGGGGGUGAGGGGGGUUGGCUCAGCAUAUUAGCAUACCAGCUCAAUCUAAUUCUUUCCCAUACUAAAGGGAACCUAGAGUAAUCCUAUUAGUGGCGUUACUCUGGAUUUACAUUGGUAUAACUGAAAACAACUGUCAGCUGCCAGAAGAUUAAUGUCUUUGGAGAAAACCAUCAUCCCCAGUGAAGACAAUCUGCUAUAAUGGUGAGUGAGAAGAAGAUGAAGAAAGGCUGUUCAAAACAACAGUGUGUGUGAAAACGUCUUUUGCGUCUGGACUGAAGUCGGAGAGAGAUUUCAAAUGUUCACUUUGAUGUAUGGAGCCUCCACAGUAAAAGAAAACAAGCUAUAUCCAAAAUCUGCUAAUUGGGAGGCCUAAAUACUAGUGUGGAUUUUUUUUUUCUCUCUGAGAGACACCCUAACAGUUAAAUCUCCGUAGAUCAGAUGAUAACUUUGAAUUUGGAAUGGCUUGGACUUUAUUUUAUAUAGACACAAACAUAAAAUUUUUGCAAACAUGCAGAGUUAAUGAAACUACUUAAACCAGUGAAUUCUUGCACUGCAAAGGAGGACACUCUCUGGGCCAUAUCCUGAUCUCAUUAAAGUCAACAGUAAACAUCCUAUUGACUUCAAAGGGCCUGGGAUCUGGCCUACAAGCUUGAAACUUACUUUUCUGAAAAACUACCCCCACAGCUUCUCUCUCUUCCUGGAGAUGGCCUGGGUGUGAACAUUUGGAGAUACCAUCUAAAGACUUGCACAGCUAACAAACAAAAGCAAAAGUAUUCUUCAGCAUUGCAGAUUCAGCUCUCUCCCAUAUUAAAUGACUCACAUCCCUGGCAGAAACCUGCUGCUUGCCAGCAAAAACAAAACAAAAAGGGUUACUAGUUGAAAUAGUGUGUGGAAAAAGCAGAGCAAACCAUAUGGUUCAUGUUAAUAAUUAAAGUGCAGGAUAAUGUAUUUAUGCCCUCAGAAGGUAACCCCCCUCACUUGGAAUUUGCUCUCAUUCGACUGUGAUAAAAUUGAAGCAUAAUAAUAAUGCUAUAGUAAUUACAUGUUCUGCACUGGAUUUUGCUUUUGUUUUCAUAUAUACUGGUCUCUGCAUCUUAGACUCAAUAAUAUACUUUCCCUGGACUUUCCAACUGAGAAAUGAAAUGUCCUUGUUGUGCCCGCUGAAGAGUCUUCCCUGCAGAAAAGUAUUAACAAUACAAUUUCAUUUAGCACAGUGUUUUUUAAUGCAAACAGUAUCUUAAAAACUGCUUUACAUGGAGAAGCAAACAAGCCAGAAUAUGGUACAAAUUAUACUAACUUGAGUGGUGGAUUAAAUACAUUAAGUACAUAUGGUUAUUCCUACAGAGGGGCAAGAAAAUUCUUUGAAUCUCAGCUCAUGGAGGCAGGGCUCCCCACCUACUCAGAGGGGUGAGGGUCUGGCCAGCACCUGAAGCAAAGCUGAGUCUCUAAAGCAGUGGUUCCCACACUGGGGUUUGUGAACCCCUGGGGGUUCGCAAAAUGUUACAGGGGGCUCUUGGGAAAAAAUUCCCUAAUGGCAGACAGAGCUGUCCCUAGGGACCCUGGCACGGGGCAAGCAGCCCGGAGCCUCUGGACUUCCAAGAGCUAAGCAGAGCUAUCGCACUGAGGAGAUUUAAACUUUAAGACUCCUUAUAAGAAAAAGGG